UUACUGUAAUUUUACUCUGCACCACAAAGGAUUGCAAGACAACCUCGCAGAGGUGGAAGAGGGCCCCUUUUUACUCCGCAACAAGAGGAAGCCAUUUGUGCAAUGGUUAUUGCGAACAAUGCCAUAAGGUUAAGAGAGAUACAAAGUGCUGUUAUAGAGGAUGACAACAUCUUUGGGAAUAUCGAAUCUGUUUCAGUCGCUACAAUUGACAGAGUGCUCAGGAGGAAUGAAAUGCGCAUGAAACAAUUGUACAAUGUGCCAUUUGAACGGAACAGCGACAGAGUGAAGGAGCUCCGUCACCAGUAUGUACAGCAUGUACUGGAGCUGGAGGCCAGGGAACCACUGCACACAUUCAUAUACCUUGAUGAGGCGGGUUUCAAUCUGGCAAAAGGUAGAAGACGUGGAAGGAAUCUCAUUGGACAGAGAGCAACCAUUGAUGUCCCAGGCCAACGAGGAGGGAAUAUUACUAUGUGUGCAGCCAUCUCAGAAAACGGCGUCCUCACCCAUAUCCCCCGUCUUGGUCCAUACAACACACAACAUCUGCUGACUUUUUUAGACACUCUUUACAGGGACAUAAUCCCUGAGAAUGAGAGGGGUCUAACUGGAGACCAUCUGAGCAAGCAUGUCAUUGUUUUGGAUAAUGUGCGUUUUCACCACUCUGAUGUCGUCAGACAGUGGUUUGCAGCACAUGAUAGGAUGCUGGUGGCAUAUCUCCCUCCCUACUCACCAUUCCUAAAUCCAAUAGAGGAGUUUUUCUCUUCCUGGAGGUGGAAGGUAUAUGACCGGCAUCCACAUACCCAAAUGGCCCUGCUAGAGGCCAUGGAUGCAGCAUGUGAUGACAUCACAGCAGAGUCCUGCAGAGGGUGGAUUCGCCACUCAAGAAGAUACUUUCCUCGCUGCAUUGCAAGAGAUGAUAUUCGCUGUGAUGUAGAUGAAAUGAUGUGGCCAGACAGAAAGGAACGCCUGGAUGUGCAUGAAUGAUUACAGACCUAUGUAUGUUGUAUGUUCAGUUCCUCUAUGUACUGCAAUAUUGUUUACAGUUGUGCACAGCUCUACCCAAAGGGAGUUUAUGUUUUUUGUAAAUAAGGCUGUAUUUUUGUUCUUUU